AUGUCCCACUACUUCUACUUGGCUCCAGAAAUCCUGCUUCCCUUUAGCCCUCUCACUUCUAAAGAGUUCGAGUUGAUCAGACGCAAGGCCAGGGAGCUCUGGCAGGAUGAGACGCGCUGGUCCGCUUCUUCGGUGACAACCUACGCUGGCAGCUACCGCGGAAAGCAACCCGAUGAAGCCGCUUGCCAACGACUGGCCCAAAGAGCAGGCCAACCGCAGUUUCAAUACAAACCGACACCAUUGCCAAGCCACUCUGCCUACGGCACGCUACCUGGCCAGGCUGGUGCCCAAGAGCCUGCAGACGACAAAGGAGGACUCCCUGGUAUACCGAGACCCUUUCAGAACACCACGCUCCACGUCAAGCACAAAGUGGCGCACCAGAUUUGGGGUUCUGAAGCUCCUUGUUUAACUCUUCCAGAUUGCAGAACUUUACGUAAGUGUGUGAAGCCGCCAAAGCCAGGCUUUGAGCUCCUCAUGAAUUACAGGACUAGAGGGAAAAACCUCUUGAAACAACUUCAGCAGCAACAAUGGGAUUACGAAAGCAAGUUUGGCUCCUCGGAGGACUCAGGGAUGGAUCGAUAUUCCUCUGAUUACAAGCCAUCAGUCAGAAGAGAAGGCCAGGUUUCCCUCCAGACAAGGAAAUCUGACUCGGCUGCCUGCUCCGCCUUCGGCUCCGCCCGCAGGCCUGUGCCUCCCUCUCCCCGUACGUCCCCACGCGGACCUGCGGUCGCCGCGCAGCACAAGGCGCCCAAGGAGCAAGGCCCCCCGGAACAGAUCCCCACUGGCAGCCGGCGCUUCUGCGCUCCUGAUCCAGCCCGUCCCCCAACUCAGGGCUCCUGUUGCACAGAAAACCCAAAGUCGCACCCUAACCCUUAG